AUGAGCAUCAACGUGAAAUGGGGCAGGGAGAAACUCCGCUUUACCCUGCCUCCACCGACCUCAAAAUUGGGCGAGCUGCGAGAUGAGAUCGCGGCGUACACGCAGCUGCCGCGAGACUCGUUCAAGCUUAUCCACGCCGGGGCGGUGAUGAAGGACGACAACGCACCGGUGUCCGCCUACUCCCUCAAGCCGGGCAGCACCAUCGCCCUCGUUGGCGGCGGCGACCCCAUCAAGCCCCCCUCGUCCAGGGCGUCCCUCCAGGAGAAGCCGCCUCGCACGGAAGACACCAUCCUCUCCCAGAUCCGGUCCGAGCUCGACAAAGUCCGCGCAACCCUCCAGCCCGACGUCGACUCCUUCCUCGCCGCUCUCGCCCCCACCGCCUCUGCCGCCCACGUCGGCCCCGGGCCCACACCAACUGCCCCUCCUCCUCGGCCGGCCUCCGCUGCGGCCUCCACCGCUCGCCCUCCAGCAGACCUCGCCCACGAGCACGUUCGUCUCGGCGAGCUCCUCCUCCAAAGCCUUCUCCGGCUCGACGCCAUCACCGCCGAGGGCGAGUGGGAAACCGCUCGCAAGGAACGCAAAGGCGCGGUCAAGGAGGUCCAGUCGCUGCUCGACCGGUUAGACAGUGGAUGGCGCGCGCGGGCGAGGACUUAG